AGUGUUUGGCUAGAUCUCGCUUGGGGAGUGUCGCACCUUUUCCUCUCGUCUGGUUUUCACUUAACAUCAUGUUGGAAGACACAUGAAACGAGCACGAUUUGUUUUGAUUUCUCCGCUAAGUGAUACGUGUGUGGUGGCAAACAUACCUCGACAGUGGUGAUUGAAAGAGUGUCAGAAUGAGCGGCAGAAGGAGAGGAGGAGGAGAGUGGCUGGUGGUAACGUGUGUGACUCUCGCUGUCUGCCUGGGAGCUGGGGCCGCGGCUGACAAAGGUAAAUUUGUGUUCUGCGCUCCUGCUGCGUCACAUUCAUGCCCAGAUGGAAAGUGGAGUGGCCUGUCAUUUUCCGUGCAGCCUGUGGACACUGUGGUGCGGCGGCGGGGCCCAGCAUGGCUGCACUGCAAGGCACGGGGUCAGCCUGAGCCGACCCUCACCUGGCACCGCGACAACUCCCCUAUUGACACCACAAGUGACUCCCGCAGGUAUGUGCUGCCUAAUGGGACGCUGCACUUCACGUGGGUGAACGGGCCUAGGUCAGAACAAACUGAUGAGGGAAUCUACCACUGCCAAGCCUCUUCCCCUGGUGUGGGCACUAUUGUGUCCACUGGUGCCAGGUUAAGCAUUGUGGGCGGCUGGGAAGAGGAUGCUCUGCCAAAAUUUGAUGAGCAGCCUCAGGACAUGACGGUGUUUGAGGGAGAGCGUGCUAGAUUUCCAUGUGCCCUGGCCAGCACCCCGUUACCCACCAUCAAAUGGUUCAGAAACAGUCAUCCAUUAGAGCUUGAUUCACGGAUGACUCGCCUUCCAUCUGGUGCCUUAGAAAUAGAGAAUGUAGCCACAACAGAUGAAGGUGAAUACUACUGCCAGGCCAGUAGUCUCGACAAAAGCAAAGUGUCACAGCAAGCUACACUCAAUGUGGAGGAAGCCUACGCUCUCCGAGACACUCAGCGACCCAUGUUUAUUGCUCGGCCAAAGUCUGCUAUUGGCAAAGUUGGAGACAACAUCACUCUUGACUGUGCUGCCAAUGGAUACCCAGAGCCAACCGUAGUGUGGCUUAAGGACGGAGCAACGAUUGACAUGGCGCACUUGGACACACGUUUCCUGUUUUUUGGCACCACGAGAAGCUUGCAGAUAAUUGGACUCAAGCAGGAGGAUAAAGGGACAUACAUGUGUCGGGCAGAGAACAGAGAAGAUUCUGUGGAUGCUGUGGCUCACAUACAAGUUCAAGUUGCUCCAAGAUUUGUGAAGCAGCCUGUCAGCACGCUGGCAUACGAAAAAGAAGAUGUAGAAUUGGAGUGUAACGUGUAUGGUGAGCCAGAGCCGUCCGUCUACUGGCUGAAGAACGGUGAAUUGCUGGUUGAGACUGAAUAUUUUCAGAUUGUUGGUGGCAACAACUUGAAGAUCCUGGGACUGGUGCGGGAGGACUCUGGGAUGUACCAGUGUGUGGCACAUAAUUCAGCAGGGGCCACUCAAGCUGCCGCUCAACUGCGAGUUCUCAAGUCAAGAAGGAGCAUGCCCUCAGACCCCACAGCCACCACCACCAUCAGCACAAUCAUUCAAGGCAUUCCUGAGCGAGGCUCCUACCUUCCCAAAGGUCGAGACUCGGAUGAGGUCCACCCUCAGGCUCCCUCUGCACCAAGACUCCUUCAGGCCAUCAUUGCCAGUAACAGGUUCAUCACACUAGCCUGGCAUGAACCUGAAUUCAAUAAUGACCAUAUUGUUGGCUACUCAGUUUUCUACAGGCAGGAAGACUCUCUCAGGGAACGAGUCCAAAAUGUGAGUGCCAGCUCCUCCAGUGAAGGGCUUGAUGAGUACAAAACUCAGAUCAGUGACCUCAUCCCUGGGAGCAACUACAUGGUGCGAGUGGUGGCCCACACCUCCAACGGACUGGUCGGAGCCUCCACUGAGGACGUGCGGGUUUUCACCAAGCCUGACCUCGAUCUUCCCUCAGCCCCAGAAAAUCUUCAAGUAGUUCCUACCUCUCCAACAAGUUUGGAAGUCACUUGGUCACCUCCAAGAAUAGCAAGAACACCUAUCAUUGGUUAUACUAUGUUUUAUAUGCAGGUUGGAUCAGCAGAAGAACAUGAAGUGGAAGUCACUGGCACAUCUUAUGACCUUCAAGGUCUUGACCAGUUUACUGAAUACAGUGUGUGGUUGACAGCUGUCAAUGGCAAUGGUAGAGGGGAUGCCACACCAGAAGUCACUGCCAGAACCUUCUCAGACGUGCCCUCAAAAGAGCCACAGAAUGUCACUGUUGAGGCAGCCAGCUCGGAGAGUCUCAUCAUCAGAUGGGAACCUCCACCAACUGAACACCAGAAUGGGAUCAUCACUGGUUACAAGAUCCGUUACAAGGAGCGAGGCAAAUCAGGAUCCUCCAAAACAAGAACCACAGAUGGUAACAGAAGACUCUUUCCACUUACAGAACUUAAGAAAAGCACCCCCUAUUCCAUUAAGCUUGCUGCCCUCACUGUGAACGGCACAGGUCCAUACACACAGUCCAAGCUGGCAGAGACAUUUGCUAAUGACCUAGAUGAAAACCGAGUUCCAGACAAACCUGUCAGUUUGAAAGCCGUAGCACUGACAGACCACAUCCGUGUGCGAUGGCAGCCCCCGGCACAGCACAAUGUGAUGCUGCGUGGCUACACUAUUGGCUGGGGCCGGGGAGUGCCAGACAUAUAUUCCAAAAUUGUGGACAGCAAGCAACGCAGUUACAUAAUCGAUAAACUAGAACCGAACACAGAGUAUGUGAUCAGCCUGCGGGCCUUCAAUAGUGUGGGAGAUGGCCAGCCAGUAUAUGAACAAGUGCGCACUCGGCCUGAGGAGGAGGAAAUAGCUCCAACCCUUGAGACUCCAGUGGGUGUGAAGGCAGUGGUGCUGACGCCCUUCACGGUGGCGCUGCAGUGGACGGACACCACGCUGAACAGAAAUCAAUACAUCAGUGAUACAAGAUACUACACCGUGCGCUACACCACCUUCUCCUCGGCAUCAUCCUCCAGCCCACGUUUCCGCUAUAUCAAUGCAACAGAUGUGACCUGUCUCAUUGACAACCUCAAGCCAUCAACAGUAUAUGAAUUUGCUGUGAAAACAAUUAAAGGUAAGCGUGAGUCUCCAUGGAGUCUGGUUGCCUCCAACACAACGCUGGUGGCCCGUCCAUCAUCUCCACCUCGAGAUGUAACAGUCGUCACCAUUCCUGAUGAACCCUCCACUGUCAUCUUCAACUGGCAGCCUCCAAAGCAAAAUAAUGGAAAAAUCACAGGUUAUGUGAUAUUCUACACCACUGACCCGACGGGAAGCGAUUGGGUGAUGGAGAACGUGAUGGGAGACAGAAUGACCUUCACAGUCCGUGGGUUGACACCUUCAACUCAAUACUUUUACAAAAUGCAUGCUCGCAAUGUGAAAGGCUUUGGGCCAUACUCAUCUGUAGGAAAUUUCACAACACUUCCAGCUGCUGGGAAGAGUAUUGGUGAACCUCCAGGCUGGUUUGUGGACAAAGGCAGCUUGAUUGUACUGGUCAUUGCUGGUGUCGCUGGAGCAGUUACAUUGCUGGGGGUUUUCGUGGCCCUCACACUGUACUGCAGGAGAGUCAAAACUGAACCUAGACCAAGCAUUGUUGUUGGUAGUUGUAGCAAAAGCAACAAGCCUGAUGUUCAGCCUCCAGAUCUCUGGAUUCAUCACGACCAUUUAGAGCUGAAAAAUUUUGACAAGGGGGAACGAAGUAACUCACCAAAUCAUGCAGCCAUUAUCAACCACACAGGACCAGAGUAUGAACCCGAUGACAAGAACACCACCUAUACAUCCACCUCCACCCUCGACCGCCGCACCCCUUACCAAUCCACCUAUCUGCGUGAUCAGCUGAGUGAAGAUGAAACGGAUAAAUUGUUGAACCGUCGCUCAUUCAAACCCAAACCUCUCAUUAUGUCUAUGGAUAUUUCCAAAGACCUGGUGGGUGGCAGCACGUCCAGCAGUGUGUACAGUGACGGCACACUAGGCCGCCCGGGAUACUCAAUGCCACAGUUUUCUUCAGCCGGCAGUCAGGGAUACAACUCACCAGCAGAAAACCCCUACAGUCCCAAUCCUACCAGCAGUGGACUGGCUGGUACAAUGGGACCUGGUGGCACUCCUCUAGAGGGUUUGUCUCUACCUCCCCAACCCUCACAGACUCUCCUAGGCAGUCUAGGGGGACCUUCAGGCUCAUCACAAUACAGCACAAUAAAUGGUGAGGGGAGCAACACUCUUGGGAAGCGGUCUGGCAAUCCUCUUCGGAGCUUUAGUGUUCCAGCGCCUCCCCAAUCAGCUCCCACAACACCUCAGCCUAAACACAUUGUUGCUGUGCGACCUCAGGGCAUCACAAGCCCCUUCAAGAAAUCCUUAGUUCCAGGAUCUUCUGGGCUGAGCAGCAGUGCUGGUCCUGCAGGACCCUCAGGACGCUGGACAGGUCCCUCAAUGCGGGUGGACUCUUUGCCUGAACAUGAAGAAGCCAAUGAAGCCCUCCUUCAUGGCUAUUCAACAGAAGAAUUGUCUCAGGAAAUGGCCAACCUUGAGGGGCUCAUGAAGGACCUCUCCGCCAUCACUGCCAACCAGUUCAAUUGCUAAAAUUGAAUGAUGGCCGGCUGCUGUUGCUUUCCUACAUAGUGCUUGGUCUACCAGUUUUACAUGAGUUUAGUUUCCUAUUCUUUAAGCACAACAUGCUCCAUUGCAUUUUCUCAGCAUCAUGAAAUAAACCCAACAGAUAUGUCAGUUUAGUGCCAGUACAUGAAAUUGGGUUUGUAUAUAAGCUCAAACAAACUAUAACAAUGUUAGAUGUUAGCAUCCAUAACUGCAGUAUGUAAGUUGACAGCCUGACAUUAUAUAUAUUUUUUUACAAAAAGAAAAUCAUCAUUAGAAGUGUAAUGAUUUUGAAAUGUAGGUUCCAUGUUUACAUGUGUAAGCCUUUGUCACUUGUAAGAGUUUCCACAGGCAUGUCCAACUUGUUUUCUCAAGUCCUCCACUGUCUAGGUCCCUCCUCAGGACUUUAUCUGAUGUCUUCUUUCGUCUACUUAGUAGCGCUAACUUUCAUUUCAAAGUAUUUGACAUACCUCUCCAAAUCUUUAUCAUCUUUUCCUUUCACACGGCCAAAUCAGUGCAGUGUACCAGUCUGGUAUACAAUCCCAGGUUUCUGCAACCGAACACAUUUGCUGGGCUAAAUUACUGAAUAUAUUACACGUCCACCUCACCAAGGUUUUUCAACAUACCCUUGAACAACCUGCAGUUCAUGACCAUAAAACACAUGCUGUAUUAAUCCAUCAAUUAGUAUACUACUUUUUUGAUAUUCCAGAUGAAAUUUGAAAGACCACCUUCAAAAUCAUUGUUUGAAUAUUUCUUGUGUUUUGUAAACAUGUACUGAGAUUACAUGAGCUGGUGUCCAAUCUUUAGUGAGAUUACCAAAGUAACUUAAGCUCCAGAUGCUAGCAAAGAAUUAAUGGACUACAGCAACAUUUAUCAUAACCCUUUGAUACGAUUGACAUUGAAUCAAAUAACCAGUACAAGAACCACUUCCUCUAACCAGGAAGAUGAGUUACCAGUGUCUGAGACUGCUAAAUUCAGUAUGGCAUGUCAGAAAACCACAAUAGUUGUUGUCAAUUUAAUUCAAUUUGACCAGAAUUUAGAAACAUGUGGUGAUAGAGGAUGUGUCAUGUUACAUCAAACAAAGGCUAUUUGAAUUUAGAAAUAUUCCUAAUGCUAAAUGAAGGAAUUAAGAGAUUUUCCUCAGCUGUCUGUUAUUCAUUUUUAGCUAAUAUAAAAGUAUGCCUCUCUCUUUCACAUUUGAAAUAUAUUCUGCAAAAUCUCUUGUUUUCUAAAAUCUGGGAUUGGUUGCAGUAAGAUGCUAUGAAGAUGAUCUGCUAAUCUUUUUUCUUUGUUAUAUUAAUUUGAAUGGACUGUACAAAUUUUUAUUAUUGUAUCUAUCAAUUAUGAAGAAUGUCAUUGUCUGCCUUGUGGAAAAAGAGGAGUUGAGCUCAUGAAUACAAAAAUGAAGGGCCCAUGUAAUUUAAAAAAGAGAAUGGACUUUAUUAAUGUAGUUCCUGCCAUGAGAAAUAUGUGCAUUAUAUAACUUGUCAACAGCUAUGUGAAGCAGCAGUAGUAAUAUUGAAUAUGUAUCAGACUUUGUAGUGGGAUUUCUUUAUGUUACUUAGACAAUAACAAUGAGCUUCAUUUUACUGUACAGUGACAUGACAUCCAGAACAUAAGUCAAAUCCUUGCUGUAGAUUCACAUGCUGCAGUGUGUGCUGUAUAAAAGUUUAUGAUGAGAUGGAUUCAGAAAUCAUUUUAUUUGUGUCAGUUGCAUGCAAAUGUAUUGUUUUCAUGAAGAUUACCAUGUUUUAAGAAAGGAGCUGUCACUGAUGCUGAACUGUGGUGCUUCCAAUUCCCCUCAGUUUCACAGCCUGUUAUUCUACUGGGCCCAGGUGUUGAAAGCAGCUGAACAAAUAUAAAUAUAGAAAAGUAAGUGUCUACAAUACUAUUAUGUGUAUUUUUUAAUGCAUGCUUCAUAUUUGUUGAACAUAGUAAAAUGCUAAUCUGGAAAGUGGUUAAAUAAUUGCAAGUUUAUUGGUUAAAGAAUUGAUAAGUAAUAAGAUUAUUACUAGUCAUCAAAUGUGGAGCAGAGAUAUGGUUAUGUUUUUUCAUGACUUCAUCUUAAGUUUAAACAAAAGAAGCUUCCUGUCUUUUAUAGUGAAUGGCAAUGUGAAAGAUGAGAUGGAGCCGAGUGGCUUCCAGCACUGUAUUGCUGAGAGCAGCUGAGUGGUGCCUAGUCAUGUUGAGGACCCAGUGUGUGUGUAUGUGCAUAAGUGUGUAUCUCGUGGUAAGAACAGUGAAUAUGUUGUGGUGUGCUGUGGCAUGUGAAAACACAGACAGGUGGCUUGCAUCACUUUGCUGAAUACUGAAAAGUCAUAGAGUAUAAAGGAUGAUUGAAUGACAAAUUUCUGAUUUUAAACUCACUGGAAGUAAAUAACAUGGUCUGUAGCAGUUUCAGGUCUCUGUGCUCAAUUAUACAGAAUCUACUUCAUUUGAUCAGCAAAUAACGAGUAAAGGAGUUCUACCCAGGUAACUGUUACACAAUACAGUACCAAUGCUUUGAAAAGAUUACAUCAAAAGUAAUGAUAUCGGUAUGGGGUCUAUCAGAUGGUCUUACAACAUAGUGCCCCCAUCCUAGAAAAAAGUUCCCUUAAGCACUAGAAGAGCCUUCCUGUGGCUGUCUGGAACUCCCCUCAGUUCGUUUAUUGCUGCCCAUUACAUGUGUUCUUUGUACAUGUAGCAUGUGUACAAACUAGACAUGCAUUUAUUGUUAAGUGUAAUUUUAAGAAAUUUUGUAUAGUGGAAUCUUUCAGAAACUACAACCUGGGUGUCCUUCCAGAUUGACAUUAUUCAUUGAUUGUCCAUCAGAAACAAGGUUUUGAGUUUUGUGACAGUUGAUUAUAUUAUUAUUAAAGAUGCUAAAAAGACUAUAUUUCAGCAAUAGAGGCAUUACACUGGCAAUGAAAAACUUGCAUAAGAUGUAGAAAUACUCCUUAAGUACUUGUAUAACCUCUUUCUUUUUAUUAUUUUUUCUUUUUUCUUCAUAGUAAUCCAAUUAAUCGAAUGCUUCUUAAAAAUCAUUUGAUAUUUUAUUGCACAAAAUACAUAAAUGUAAUCAUAUUAAGAACUGCUCCAUGUGUCUCAGUAAAUGACGGUGUUAUUGCCAUUAUCGUUUCAUCAUCAUUAUCAUCUUAACUGUCAUCAUCAUAAUCAUCAUAUUCACAGCUUUCAUUGUAUUCAUUAUUAUCACAUUAAUAUCAUUGUCAUCAUCAUUGUCAUCAUCAUCAUCAUCAUCAUCAUUAUCAUCAUCAUCAUCAUCAUCAUUGCAUAUUGUCACAUACAUAAACUGCCAUCUUAUUCAUAUGUCAAUCAUGCAUUUAGCUGCAUUUGUACUUUCAGGUAUCUGGAAAAAACUUUAUUUUAUUUAUUUAUUUUUUUUUUCAUGCUGAACAAAAAUUAGGACUUUUUUCCAUUUUAAUAUCUUAUGAGUUACUUUGUUUAUAAGUUUAAGGGUUAAAUUCAUAGGCUUUUUUUUUUUCACUGGAAAAGAAGGUUUUUUCAUUAAUUCAAGGAGUAAUGCUGUGUGAUAAACUAAUUUUUACAACCAAUAUUGCAAUUUUGUGUUCUGUUAUUAUCUUACACUAUAUCUAAAAAGUUUAGUUAUGAAAUUAGUACUUUGAUUGGAAUAUGUACAUUCUACAGCUUUUUUUUUUCCCAUACAUAUAUUUUUAUCUUCAAGCUUUUGGAUAACUAGAUGCAUAAGCUGGAAAGUCCUAAUUUUUGUCUUGUCAUCGCAUCUUGAGAAGUUUCCAGAUACCUUUACAAGAUAGGAAAUGCAUUUGUAUAAAUGCUCAUAAAUUUAAUAGUUUAAUCUUUGUAAGAUCAAAUUUGUAAUACCACUUGCCAUGUAUAUAAGAUUUAGUUUUCAAAUAAAGUUUUAAAUGACUGAUAGGAAUUUAUGAUUAAUUUUGUACAUUGGUGUUUGUGUGGUAUGCAGUUUGUAGGGUUGGGUGGCUGCAGUGUUCAGGCAAAAGAAGCUGGCUGGCUAUGGCUGCAUAACAUUUCCUAGGACCAAUAUUUUUUUAUCAUUCUUAUUAUUUUUAAUAUCUGUAAGAAUCAUAGAUGCAGUAUGCAUUUGGUCUAAGGAAAAAAUCCUUUUGAAAGAUCUGAAUUUUAUAUACACAAACUGCAAAUUUUGUAAUGCAAGGAUAUUUUUUAAGAGCUUAGAAAAAUAAGUGCAAGUGGUAAAUGCUGAAAAUAUAAUGAUGCUUUGAUUGUAAACAAGAAAAUAUGUAUUAUUCUUUGAAUUAUGAUUGGGGACAAGGUUUAGUUACAUGGCUGCAUCAGACAACAAGAGAAAGAACUGAAAUUUAUAGUGGAGUGAUGCUGAUCUGCCAGAAUUAUAUUCUUCAGCCACAGAAUCCUGACAAACAGGUUCCUUCCAAGAAUUCUCUUGUAAAAAUAGUCACAAAAGAUAUUCUUAAUAAAAAUGAUGUAUA